UAAAAAAUUAAUAUUUAAAAAUUAUGAUUUAAUUUAAUAUAAAUUUUGCUUCAAAUAUGUACUAAGUUCCGGCAAAAAGUGACAUUCUUAUUAAGAAAAGAAACGUGGUUGCAGCAGACAAUCACAAAAACCCGCGUCAUAUACAUCACAAAAAGCUGAUGAAAUCACAUUAAAAAUUUAAGUUAAAAUUUACUUUCAACUUCUUUAAAAAAUAAGAGCAGCAAUUGUCUGAGAUAGCAGAAGAAUAAAAAGAAUGGCUCGAGUGCAAGCCACGGAUAGUUUAGUACCCCGACAAGUCUUUGAAAUACCCACGACCUCUUCGGUCAAAUCAGAUAGACAAAUGCAGAACUCAAGCUCAGAUGAUUCCAGUCAGGGAUCUGGUGUAAAAUUAAAGAAGCGAAUAGGUCUUUUAGAUGGUGUGGCUAUAAUUGUUGGUGUAAUUGUCGGUGCUGGUAUUUUUGUGAGUCCAAAAGGUGUGCUAAUUUACUCCGGUUCUAUUGGACAAUCACUUAUCGUUUGGGUGUUAUGUGGUGUGCUAAGCAUGGUUGGCGCGCUUUGUUAUGCGGAACUUGGUACAAUGAUACCAAAAUCUGGCGGUGAUUAUGCGUAUAUUGGUACAGCGUUUGGACCUUUGCCUGCAUUUUUAUAUCUUUGGGUUGCUUUAUUGAUUUUAGUGCCUACAGGAAAUGCGAUAACAGCACUUACUUUUGCACAGUAUUUACUAAAACCAUUUUGGCCUUCAUGUGAAGCACCAAUUGAAGCAGUACAACUACUAGCAGCAGUAAUGACAUGUGUACUCACAGUAAUAAAUUGUUACAACGUGAAAUGGGUGACACGAGUUACCGAUAUUUUUACUGGCACUAAAGUAUUCGCCUUAUUAGUAAUUGUUGCAGCAGGUGUUUGGUAUUUAUUUCAAGGCAAUACUGAACAUUGGGAAGAACCUAUGCGCGGCACACUAACAUCACCAGGCCUAAUAGCGUUGGCAUUUUAUAAUGGUCUUUUUUCAUUUUCUGGUUGGAAUUUUUUAAAUUUUGUUACGGAAGAACUUAAGGACCCGUAUAGGAAUUUACCAAGAGCUAUUUGCAUAUCAAUGCCUGUUGUAACUAUCAUUUAUGUAGUAACGAAUAUUGCAUACUUUUCGGUGCUAUCCACCGAUGAAAUACUUUCAUCAGAUGCUGUAGCGGUAACAUUUGGUGACAAAAUGCUUGGUUUCAUGUCUUGGCUAAUACCGUUCUUUGUGGCUUGCUCGACUUUUGGUUCUCUAAAUGGAGCUAUUUUUGCAUCUUCACGGUUAUUUUUUGUAGGUGCAAGAAACGGACAUUUGCCUGCAGCGAUUUCACUUAUUAAUAUUAAUUGUUUAACGCCAGUUCCUUCGUUGAUAUUUUUAUGCGUGCUGACAUUAGUAUUACUUUUCAUUAGAAACAUUUAUGCGCUCAUUAACUAUGUUAGUUAUGUAGAAGCACUUUUCACAUUCCUUUCCGUUGCGGGUCUGUUAUGGUUACGUUAUAAGCAACCUAAAACCGAGAGACCUAUACGCGUUAGUCUAGCAUUACCCAUUAUCUAUCUUAUUAUCUGUAUGUUCCUUGUGAUCUCAUCAUUUUUCCAAUCGCCUUUAGAAGUUGGUGUGGGCACUGCGAUCAUACUUUCCGGCAUUCCAGUAUAUUAUCUGACAAUACAUCGACCCGUCAAAUGGCUCACAAACUUAUCACAAGCAAUACAUUUGUGGUGUUCCAAAUUUUUCAUUUGCAUGCCAAAUCAGGAGAAAUUUGAUUAAUUAUUAUUUAGUUUAGCUUAGACUUUUGAAUUAAUUGUAUAUGUUGGAACUAAGAAAACUUUAGUGCCUUUAGUUUUAAAAACCAAAGGUAGUCAAUAAUUUCGAAUUUUUAAGAAAGGAAAUAGCGCUUGAAAUGCAUUUUUACUAUUUAAAGAAAUAUUUUUUAUAUGAAAAUAUUAAA